AUGCCAGACUUGGUAGACAAUGUCGAUUCGAGCCCAGAAGGCCCGCGACACAUAGGCACAUGGUCUCGGGGCGAGCAUACUUCCCCCGGACUGAUCGAAUGGACGACAGCGGUGCCAGAGGCCCUGAAGCCAUAUCUGGCGACCGUUCAAGAGAGAAUACCCACGGAUGAGAACCGACCAGAAGAGACUCGCACCCUGGUGAUUGACCACCUCUUCAACGAUGGGCGCAGGAACGCCUUAAUCUACAGGUGCGUUGAACAGCCUACCGAUCUGCGCGAUGCUAUCACACGCAUCCAAAAGCCUUCCUCGGAAGACAGGCGUGCUCUCGGCAGAAUUAUAGCGACACAGGUCCGGUCCCUGUACGUCCACUUUCACAUCCAUCAUCCAGCUUUGCGGACCGAAAGUUUCGUCUUCUUCGGGGAUCCCAACAGACCAGAUUUUACCAAGCCCUAUAUUCUCGAUUGGGGGCGACAAGCACUUCCCGAGAUGUACCAACAUCCUGAAUACCAAGCAGAAAAACCUCUCUGGUCCUACCAAGUCUGGUCUUUGAUGAUGGUGCUGUCUGAGAUUGCUGAGUGGCAGCCGCUUGACAAAUCAUUUCACGACGACGCCGAGUUGCGGAGCAGGAAACUAGAGAGGAAGCGGCUGGUAACAAGUCCGGGUUGGAAGGGUGCCAUGACCGCUGAGAUCUUCCAGUACGGCUUCGGAUUUCUCGAGAAGGAUCGCAACACACUUGAGGAGUACAGCGAGUGGGAGGGUCAAACGCUUCUAUGA